AUGGAUUCGGAGAGGAAAUUGUCAUCAGAGAAGCCAGUAUCAGUGGAUGUAGAUGAGGCAGCAGGUGUGACUGAGGUGUUGAACGCCUCAGGACACAAGCAAGAACUUGAGCGCAACUUUAGUUUACUCAAUCUCUGCGCCAUUGGUAUCACCACUGGCAAUGUUUGGGCUGCAUUGGGAGGCUCCAUUGUCAUUGCGCUCUACAAUGGCGGUCCUGCUGGUGUCAUUUACGAAUUUAUCACUGUAUCGUGCUUCUACUUCAUGAUUGCGGCAUGCAUUGCAGAGAUGGCAUCCGCUAUUCCUUCUUCUGCCGGCGUAUACCACUGGGCAAGCGUAACAGGCGGGGCGAAAUUCGGCAAGGUUAUAGGUUUCUAUGCUGGAUGGUGGAAUGUUUUGGGCUGGAUCUUUGGCACAGCAUCCAUAACCUCAAUUCUCUCAACCCAGAUCAUUUCCAUGUACGGCCUAUUCCACCCGGGCUAUGCCUAUGAACGCUGGCACGUCUUUAUCGUGUAUCUCAUCAUGACCUGGAUUUCCUGCGCCAUCGUCAUGUUCGCAAAUCGCGCCCUCCCAAGCCUGACCAACAUCGGCCUCUUCUUCAUCCUCAUGGGCGUCUUUAUCACCAUCAUGGUAUGCGCAAUCAUGCCGAGUCAAACGGGCAAAGGCUACGCGAGCAGUGAGUUUGUAUGGCAACAAUGGUCGAAUCAGACAGGUUGGAGCAGUGACGGCUUCGUCUUUUGUGCAGGGAUGCUAAACGGAGCUUUUGCCGUUGGCACACCCGACUGCGUAUCCCAUCUCGCCGAAGAGCUUCCCCGACCACGUACCAACAUCCCCAAAGCGAUCCUCGCCCAAUACGCCGUCGGCUUCACAACCGCCUUCCUCUACCUCAUCACCAUCUUCUACUCCGUAAACGACCUCGACACCCUCUUCUCAAACCCCUGGCCCUUCCCCCUCGCCGAACUCUACCGCCAAGCCACAAACUCGCACGGCGGCUCCCUCGGCCUCCUCAUCGUCAUCUUCCUCCCCACCUUCUGCACAAACAUUGGCUGCUACAUCACCAGCGGCCGCAUGCUCUGGACCCUCGGCCGCGACGACGCCACACCCUUCAGCCACUGGAUCGGCAAAGUCGACGCCAAAUGGGAGAACCCGUUCAACGCAACGCUGACGUGCGGUCUCAUCAAUACCGUCUUGGGUUGCAUCUAUAUUGGUAGCAGCACCGCCUUCAACGCUUUCGUCGGCUCCUUCAGCAUCCUCUGCUCCCUCUCCUACCUCGCCUUCAUCGUACCUAACAUGCUUUCCCGCCGCAAACGCGUAGUCAAGGGUCCCUUUACAAUGUCCGACCCCAUCUUCUACCCCGUAGCCUUUCUCGCGAGCUCCUAUAUGGUUGUUUGGAUCCCGAUUUAUUGUUUCCCGUCGGCAAGGCCGUUUGAUUAUACAACCAUGAAUUAUACGAGUGCUCUGACGGGCGGUGUGACGAUUUUGCUGGGCGGAUGGUAUCUGUGGAUUAGGAAUAAGGGGUAUGUGGGGCCGAGACGGUUGGUGGAGAGUUUGGAGAAUGGGGAGGUGCCGGGGGCGGUGGAGGAGGAGAAGAUGUGA